AUGGCCGAGCCCGACCAACAAGCGAAAAACGGGGAAGAGAUCGUGCGAAAGAUCAACGUUGGGUGUAGUGCUAUCCCCGUCAACAAACUGCCUCCUGGGAAGUCUUAUGCGCUCAGCGAGAGCAUUGUCACGGAAAUCUUUCGUGAAACAGGAAUACCAGAUGAUCUAAAUACCGAGUGCAAAGACGCGAUGGCAGAGAAGAUCAUGAUGAGGGACCUGCUUCAAAUAAUGAGGCUCCAAGCCCAUCCUAACUGGAAGUCCAUCUUCAGUAAGCUCGGCCAAAUGAGAGCUCUCCGCGAGUUUACCAGUAUGCCCGUCUCUCUAUCAGCGCCUGACCUCGCACUUGUCAUUGCCGCCGUUGUGUUCCGCAAGAUUGAACCCAAGCAAAUAUGGCCCCUCAAGCACAUGAAAGAUUUUUUGAAUUUUUCGGCGAUUUUAAUGCGAGCGACUGAGCCUCAAGUUCGUCGUGAUGUUUUGAUAAAAGGCAGGAUGAUUUCAAUUGUCGGGGCGAAGAAGCCCCAAACAAAUAUCUACGAGGCUGCGAUGCAAGCAGUCACUCGCCAGACCAUGAAGAACGACGCCAGCGCCAUCUAUUGCCACAACCUCGACAUCAAAGACAAACCCCAAAAGUCGAUUGAAAAUGCUGAGUCUGAGGAUCUCGAAACCCAGCCUGAUAGUCAACUCAACUCGGAUACACUCCGAGACCACGCUCUUCAGAUGAAAGAAUUCGGGAAGCGCCUGUCCAGCCCCGAUCAGAAAUUCGUCAGGCGGGUGCAACGAGACAUUCGGCGAUUCGCCAACCUCGCUGACAAGAAAAAGAAUGAGAUGGCGCUCGAGCACUCAUCAGCGACAUCUAGACCUUCAUCCUCAAGUGGAUUUGGUCCCGAUAUAGGUAGCAGCAGCAUUGACCUUUUCGGCCGCUACAAGAUGCUUUGGAAGGGCAGCCUCCGAGAGAAUGGCUCUAUCCCAGAAAGCCUUCGCGAACUGGUCCGCCACGACUGCGACCCCAGUCAGAUCUUCUACCUCGAGGAGGCAGAGUCAGAUUUUCUGGCUGCAAAUACCUUGAGAAACGAUGAAAACGGUCAUGCGCGUCAAUAG